AUGGAUGCCGCCUCAGGUAAAAGGCUGAAUACAACUGGUUUAUAUAUAUGUAAUGACCAAGAGUCGUUGGAGAAUUCUUUUAAUAAAAGUGGCAAUACUAUAGCUGACGAAACCAACUCGGGGGAUGGCAUGCUUGAGAAUAUUGAGAAUAACAAGUUUGUUAUGACUGAUAGUUCAUGUCACACAAAUAAUCAGACAGCGAACGAACGCUGGGGCCUUAAUCAUUCAUGAGAGUCUAAAAUCUAAAAUGUCUACCCUUCAGUCGUCAGUUUUGUCUUUUGAAAAUGUACUCAAAGAUCAUGACACGAUAUUAUCUUUAUAUAACAGAGCUGCGGAUUUAAAUGAAAAAUAUUUAGUUGAAAUAAAUGAGAAAACAAGAUACAUAAAUUCUCUUGAACAAAAGCUAAUUAAAAUCGAGGAAGAAAGAGACUCUCUACAGCUCGCGACAAGGCUUAUUGCACAAGACAAACUUUGUCAACAUAGGGGUAAUAGUGUCGGUUGCCAGUGCCACAAAAGCAACCCCGUACCAUGGCAAAAAAUUCCUAAUAGUAAUAAAAACUUUCAUAAAACUAACAGUGGAAGUCAAUCACAAACAUCAUUCCACAGAGGCUGUCGCAGAAAAAAGUGCAUAAAUUUACAUACCCAGGUAAAUCAGCGGACGAAAUAGAGUUCGAAAUACGCAAUAUAGAUCAAAACGUAGCGCCCUCUCAUGUUAUAUUACACUGUGGAACAAACAAUCUUCCAACAGACGACCCAAAUAUUUGCAUAAAAAAACUUGAAGAUCCGUGCUCGAGAGUGCAAGGCAAAUUUCCCAAUGCACAAAUCGGAGUGUCAACUAUCACAUGUAGAAAAGACCUUCAAUUAGCAAAUAAAAUUGAAGAGGUCAAUAACAAGAUCAAAGACAUGUGUUCUCGUAACGGCUAUAAUAUUAUACUUCAUAAUAACAUAAAUGGGACAUGCCCGAACAAUAGUAAGCUGCAUCUAAACGCAAAGGGAACCGCUUUACUUGCAGUAGGAUUUAUUAAGUUCCUACGUGGACGGCAGUUUUCUCCACCACAACAACAUCACAACUAUUCUAAACAUUUUCACUUAGAAGAGACACUUCACCUAAUAGAAAAAACUCUGAAAUAUCUAACGACAUGA